AUGCCCCGCAGGGUGACGACCGAGGGUCGCGCGGGGGUCACCACGGCCUCCCCGGCCAACCACACAGGCACAUGCAGGCAGCUGCAGUCACCCCCCAGGGGGAACAUCCAGGUCCUCCGUGGGAAUGGCACCUCUGUGGGCACCAUGCUUGUCUUCCACUGCCCCUCGGGCCACCAGAUGUUGGGAUCCGGCCUCCUCACCUGUGUCUGGAAGGGGAACCUCACCGAAUGGUCUUCAGAUGCUCCCGUGUGCAAGCCCCUGCCUGCGCAUGAGACCUUCGGCUUCAAGGUGGCCGUGGUGGCGUCCAUCGUCAGCUCAGCCAUCAUUCUGCUCAUGUCCAUGGCCUUCCUCACCUGCUGCCUCAUGCGGUGCAUGAAGAGGAGUGAGCAGCAAAGGGCUGACAGGGCGGCCCAACUGUGGCUCCAGCUUCGCGGAGAGGACCUGGAGACGGUGCAGGCCGCCUACCUGGGUGUCAAGGGCUUUGCUGCAGGUGGCAGCAGCGAGCCCAGGAACUGGCCCAGCCAGGCACAUGACAACCACAGUUUCACCAGUGACCUUGGGGAAGGCCCCCGUGAGUUGGCCAUGAACAAGGACCCCUGGAGCACGGCGCCCGACCCCCUGAAUGCCAGCAACUUCAUCAGCUCCCGAGGUGUGAUGGUGCACGCAGCGGCCCUGGGGCCACCUCUGUCCAUCCCCAGGCCUGUCGUGGGGCCCAGACCCAUGGCCUAUGCGCUGGGCUGAUGAAGGCUGGGCCACUUGAGCCAACACACUGGGGCCUUUUGUGGCCUCAGGACUGGCCCGUCCGUUUCUGCCUCAGGGAGCCAUCCAGGGCCCAACUGGGGACUCCUGGGACUCUCCGGCCUGGGGAGGGCCUUGGCUGUAGCUGUUUAUAGAGACGCCCUGCCUUGAAGGUACCACGAGAACCACAGCCCAGCUGCCGGCUCGCUCCGAUGCACCCCUGCCAGGACCCAAGCGGGGAUUUUCAGUGAA